AUGGAAGACGCUGUGAGCCAAGACACUAACGGACGGACAAACAGAAACCAGGGGAGGAAUCAAGGUCAGGGCCUUAUAGACGAGUUGGAGGCGUUCAUGGCCCCCGUCGGUGAAGGAUGUUACCCGCCGCAACCCAUCGAUGCACGCCGUAUCGGGGGCCACCAGCUACCAGAAAGUCCGCCAGACUCAGGCUCAGAAAACCCAUACAGUCCAGACACCCAAGUCUCCCACACAAUUGCUGUAUCACAAACAGUACUUGGAACAGAUUAUAUGCUAGUCCCAGAUCACAUUACAUCACACGAAAUCCUACAACAAAAUGGCGAAUAUAUAUAUGAGGAAUUGAAAACUGAUAACAUCGACCAUGAAGUGUUGAGAAGUAAUCUCAACGAUGUGGUUAUAUUACCACAAGACCCUAACAUAGUUGAAUUAGGUCUAAGAACGGUCCGACAUGAUAUGACCCUAUCAGACCCAAUUUCCUACCAAAAUCGUUACAAUCAGAUGAGGGUGGACCUACCAGAGUUAGAGCAGGGGAUGAUCAACCCCCAACUAGUGGCUUUGGGCCAUGAAAAUUUGACCCCAGUGUACACAAAUCUACAGGAGCCCAGUGGGAAGAAGAGGAAACACUCACAAGAUUUUAAUUCACAAGUGAAGUGUGAACCAGCCGCCCUAUCGCCAGAAAGUGCAGUGGUCCGCCCACCGCCCUCCGUAGAUGGGUCGGAGGCUGGAGACGAGAUACCUCUACAAUGUAUCCGAUUUGCGCCUUUCCAGCAAAAUUUGUGGCAAUCGUUAUAUGAUUGCAACUUGAAGCCGCUUUCAACACUAUCAUAUAUAGUAGGAGCCGAUAAAGGUUUCAACUUCUCACAAAUAGAUGAAGCUUUCGUCUGCCAGAAGAAAAAUCAUUUCCAAGUGACCUGCCAAAUACAAAUACAAGGGGAUCCGCAUUAUGUAAAGACUAAUGAAGGCUUCAAGAAGAUAAACAACUUCUGCAUCCACUUCUAUGGGGUCAAGGCUGAAGAUCCGAGCCAAGAAGUUAGAAUCGAACAAAGUCAAUCGGACAGAACCAAGAGACCGUUUCAUCCUGUGCCAGUGGAGCUCCGUCGCGAGGGUGCAAAGAUCACAGUAGGGCGUCUCCAUUUUGCGGAAACAACAAACAAUAACAUGAGGAAGAAGGGCCGGCCCAACCCCGACCAGAGGCACUUCCAGCUGGUGGUCGCCUUGAGGGCGCACUGCUCGCAAGCUGACCACAUGGUGGUGGCUCAUGCCAGUGAUAGGAUUAUUGUCAGGGCAUCGAACCCGGGCCAGUUCGAAUCGGACUGCACAGAGAACUGGUGGCAACGUGGCGUUUCAGAGAACAGCGUGCACUUCAAUGGCCGCGUCGGUAUCAACACGGACAGACCUGACGAAUCCUGUGUUAUAAAUGGUAACCUCAAGGUGAUGGGCCACAUCGUGCACCCGUCGGACGCGCGCGCGAAGCACAACAUCGAGGAGCUGGACACCGCGCAGCAACUGAAGAACGUGCAGAGCAUCAGGGUUGUCAAGUUCACAUACGACCCGUCGUUCGCCCAGCACUCGGGCCUGCUGGGCGCGGGCGCGGGCGCGGGCGGCGCGCUGGCCGACACCGGCGUGCUCGCGCAGGAGGUGCGGCGCGUGCUGCCCGACGCCGUCAAGGAGGCGGGCGACGUCGCGCUGCCCAAUGGGGAUGGGAUACCCAGGUUCCUGGUCGUUAAUAAGGAUCGCAUUUUCAUGGAAAAUCUUGGGGCUGUGAAGGAGUUGUGCAAAGUGACGGGAAACUUAGAGUCUCGAAUAGAUCAGUUGGAAAGGAUCAAUAAGAAGCUGUGCAAGAUUAAUGUGUUACAACGUCGGGACAGCUCACGCUCAAGUAUUAGUAAUGAUUCCCGCUUUUCAAGUAUAUCAGCAUCUUCAAAAUCGUUUUACAGCGAUGGAAACAUUUCAAUAGACCAAAUAAGGCAUAUCGCACGAAGCAUUCGAAAACACGAGUGUUGCCACAAGCUAAGCCACAACUCCCCAAAAUUUACCCGAAAACAAUGCAAAUAUUGUCACGGAAGCUAUUCAAAAUAUGGCAAAUAUUAUAAUUAUAAUAAGACAUGUGUCAGAUAUCAUAAUAAGCCCGAAAAAGAAAAUAAAACUUACCCAACUUAUAUAAGUGCAGUGGAUAAUAUACAAAAGAUGCCAGAAGAAAAUUAUAGUACGGUGUCGAAAAAGAAAGAUACUUGUCUAUGGUUGAAAGAUGAAGACAGUUUUAGAAAUAACUCUAUGGCUUUUUGCUGUAGAAGAAAAUAUAAAUAUGGCGAUUCCAAUGGCGAAUUGAUUUCUAAUAAGUUUUUACAGAUCGUUAUUACUAUAUUAAUUUUUAUAAUGGCUGUGUGCCUGGUGGUGAUGUCAGCGCUGUACUUCCGCGAGCACCAGGAGCUGGUCUCCAUGCGCGAGGGCCGGCUGCAGCACAAGCCCUACCCGCAGUACGGCAAGCCGUACUCGCUCGACCACAACCAGAUACACAAUAUAAAAGCAUCACAGCACGCGACUGCAAAGAAAACCGUUAAAGAAAAAGGUCCAUACAAAACCAGUCCAGAGUACACCACGUCGAUGCCCGAAACACACUCGACGUCCACCACUUUGCACGCUUCAAGGAAUUUCAUGAAAAAUGUUUUGAAUCUAGAACAAGCGCAAGUGUCAGCAUCUCGCACAGCCUCCCCCGUGGGCGGAGGCUGCGCCUUUCCUGCCUUCUCGGCCAACGCGGACAACGAGCUGGACGCGGACUGUCAGUCGUCAUGCGGCCUGGAUCCCCCACAGACGUAUGAAAACCAAGAACCUCUAGAACGUUCCAAAUCCGACAAAGAGACGAAUGAAACUUUCCGACCUUUAGAAAUAAAAGACAAACCGUUAACUCCAGUCAUACCGGAAAAAAAUACGACGAAACCGCAAAAAGACGAAUUGAAAAACAUAAUACAUGAAGAAAUAGCCGAAUCUAAUUAUUUGGAUGGGAAUAAAGUGAAUGGAACGGAGAGAGGAGAAAUAGGGAGGGUUAAGAGGAAUGUUCCAGAAAGAAAGUUGAGAGAAACCAAUGAAGCUUUAUUGAGAAGUUCCGAGGAAAUGGUUAUAGAACAGUCCGAAGAGAUUACAGAAUAUAUUCCAGAAUGCGAUUCGAUCUCGGUGGGCGUGUCGAGCAAGAGCGUGAUAAACGCGAGCGUGUUCUCCGAGCGCGUGUGCGCGCGCGCGUUACACAACUACACGUACGAGAUGCCGCUCUCCCACUGUCUGCAUCAGAAACAUCUGGAUGUUACCUUCAGAUCAUCAAAACUGAAGGAGAUCCGUCUCUGCGAUCUACACUGCAAAUACGACAACAUCAAAAACUGUCAAGCCAUCAGGGAAAUAGCGAAGCCGAUACCCACUGGCGACCAUUGGACCUCGAAGAUGACGUUGGAAUGCAAUAUGGAUAGAAGGAUGAAGAUACGCGCAGGAUUUAUGCCCUUAAAGGACCUAUGCUACCUAAGCCCAGACCACAAACUACCAUUCGUUGAGUUCAACAUUCAUAUAUUUAGAGAUUGUCGUAAU